GCCUGGGGGAAAGGGAUGAAUGUUAAUUUCAAAGAUGGCGGCGGAGGGAGGAGGGAAGGAGAUGAACGAAAUUAAAACUCAGUUCACCACUCGGGAAGGCGUUUAUAAACUCCUCACUCACUCUGAAUACAGCCGUCCUAACAGGGUGCCUUUCAACUCGCAAGGCUCCAACCCCGUCAAGGUCUCCUUCGUCAACGUCAACGACCAGUCGGGCAACGGCGACAGGAUAUGUUUCAAUGUGGGCCGUGAGCUCUACUUCUACAUCUACAAAGGCGUUAGAAAGGCUGCUGAUUUGAGCAAACCAAUAGACAAACGUAUCUACAAAGGAACGCAGCCCACGUGUCAUGACUUCAACCACCUCACAGCCACAGCAGAGAGCGUGUCCUUGCUGGUUGGUUUCUCAGCAGGACAGGUCCAGCUCAUUGACCCCAUCAAGAAAGAGACAAGCAAGCUCUUCAAUGAGGAGAGACUAAUAGACAAGUCCAGAGUAACGUGUGUGAAAUGGGUGCCAGGUUCAGAGAGCCUGUUUCUGGUAUCUCAUGCCAGUGGGAACAUGUACCUGUACAACGUGGAGCACACAUGUGGCACCACAGCACCGCAUUACCAGCUGCUGAAGCAAGGAGAAAACUACUCUGUCCACACUUGUAAGAGUAAAUCCACGAGGAACCCUCUCCUUAAAUGGACAGUUGGUGAGGGGGCGCUGAAUGAGUUUGCAUUCUCCCCAGAUGGGAAGUUCCUGGCCUGUGUAAGCCAAGACGGCUUCCUCCGUGUGUUCAACUUUGAUGCAGUUGAACUUCAUGGCACCAUGAAGAGCUACUUUGGUGGCUUGUUGUGCGUCUGCUGGAGCCCUGAUGGGAAGUACAUUGUUGCAGGCGGAGAGGACGAUCUUGUGACUGUGUGGUCAUUUUUAGACUGCAGAGUCAUCGCCCGAGGUCAUGGGCACAAGUCAUGGGUAAGUGUGGUGGCAUUUGACCAUUACACCACCAGCGUGGAAGAGAGUGACCCGAUGGAGUUUAGUGGCAGUGAUGAGGACUUCCAAGAUCAGAUGAUCCACUUUGGAAGAGACCGGGCCAACAGCACGCAGUCACGACUCUCCAAACGCAACUCCACGGACAGUAGGCCUGUUAGUGUCACAUACCGGUUUGGCUCAGUGGGCCAGGACACUCAGCUGUGCUUAUGGGACCUCACUGAGGACAUCCUUUUCCCCCACCUUCCCCUCUCACGGACACGGACUCACACUAAUGUAAUGAAUGCGACCAGCCCCCCUGCAAGCGCAACAAUAAUCACUAACGCUUCUAGUAACACUACGAAUGGAAACAACAGCGGUGCCAAUACUCCUGGAAUGAACUCUCUCUCGUCUACGUUACCCCGCUCCAACAGCUUGCCCCAUUCUGCGGGCACCACCGCCACCACCACAACGGCAAACAGUACCAACAAGGCCAGCGGCGGCAUUAGCAGCGGGAUUAUGGACAGUGCCAUCGCUACAGGUGUGAGUAAAUUUGCCACGCUGUCACUCCACGACCGGAAGGAGCGCCACCACGAGAAGGACCACAAACGCAACCACAGCAUGGGCCACAUCAGCAGCAAAAGCAGCGACAAACUCAACCUGCUGACAAAAACCAAAACGGACCCAGCCAAGACUCUGGGAACUCUUCUGUGUCCACGCAUGGAAGAUGUGCCCCUCCUCGAGCCCCUCAUCUGUAAAAAGAUAGCACAUGAGAGACUGACUGUACUCAUAUUUUUAGAGGACUGUUUAGUGACUGCUUGUCAGGAGGGAUUUAUUUGCACAUGGGCAAGGCCAGGCAAAGUGGGGUUAUUGUCAUCCCAAAAUCAAGCCAGCUCUCCCAGUGGAACAGUAGUAUAGCCACAAUAUUUCUGCUGCUAAAGAACCCUGCAACCCAGAGUCUGAUGCUGCUCUUCACCCUGCAAGCAUUGCAAGUUUUCCUUUUUUCUUUUUGUACCCUCUCCCCACACAAGAUUUUUUUUUUUUUUUCUUUUAGUGGCUUUUCACUUAUUUUCAUUUAAUUUUGACUCACUUGACUUUUUUUGGAAUAAUGCAACACUAAAGGGUCUGGUUGUGCAAUUGUGGAUUGUUGUGCUAAUGUGUUUCUCUGGAAUUUUAACAUUUUUUUAUAAAUCUUUUUUUCAUGGUCAUGUCAUACUUCUGUGUUCUUUUUUUGCGGUUGCGGCUUGCCUUUGUUAGAUACAAACCAUGUGGCUUGAGAGCAAAGGGAUAGUUCAUCUAAUCUUCAUAAUAUGUAACCAUCACAUCUUUUGUUUAUAAGUCUCAGCUCAGGGUUACUGACUAAAACAUGAAUUUUAUGUGAGCUAUCCUUUAAUCACAAAGUGUGUAUCUGAGAAAUUUUCAUCCAUCCAUGUUCACCCAUUUUUCUUUUUUCUUUUAAGUAGAAUGUCCCUGUCACAAAUUUUGCACUGAUUGUUCUUUUGUUUUUCUAACCGCUCUAACGGAACAAAAGGAGGGAGGAUGUUUGCCUUGUUGCACUCGGCUUUAACAUCCUCAGUCUUGAAAUCUGAAUUUGUAAAGCUGGAUGCUGCAAUCAGUCUUUUUAAAGGAAAAAAAAUGUUUGCACUUAAAUUAGUUUAUUAGAAGAAAAUGGCUUUACAUUUCUGGGUGUGCUAAGAACUUAGUUGGCUAACACAGUAGUUGAAGAAAACUAUAAAAUAAUUAAAACCUUUAUCUAUUGAGCAUUUAUUUUAAUAUUGUUUCAGAUUCAAAUCUGCUCUGUAUCAUAAUGUGUAUAAUUGUAAUUAAUUGAUUUUGAUGGGGGCCUAAGCAAACUACCAUUACUCCAGUGGAAGUUUUGUCAUUGAUAGUUAUAUUUCUAAAGCGCAAAGUAUACAUAAUGAUAUUAAAAUAAUCUUGAAUACACUG